AUGACUGCCGAGAGUCGUAGGUCGUGCUUGGGCAUCCAGCAGCCCGACGUAGCCAACGUCACGGGGACGGUGGUGAUGCUUGACGAUCCCGACGACUUGACGCUGCGCUCGGACUCGGUGAUGAAGCGUUCCGAUACCGGGGUGAUCCUCGUCCCCCAGCCACAAAACUCACCCAACGAUCCGUUAAACUGGCUGAUCUGGAAACGCGAUCUUUGCUUGUUGAUCAUCGGCUUCCAGCUGUUUUUGGGAGGUGGGCAGCUGCCGAUUUUGGCGGCAGGCCUUUCCCUGUUGUCGCAAGAGUUCCACGAACCCCUCACUACCAUCUCCUACCUUGUAGGGGGUUUUAUGCUCGCCCUCGGGUGUGGAUCAGUUAUUGCCUCGCCGCUGGCGGUGAUAUAUGGCAAGCGUCUUGUGUACCUUGUGGGGAUCUUAGUGUUUUUAGGUGGAUCGCUCUGGGGCGGGGCCGCCAGUAGCUUUGGCAACUUGAUGGGAGCUCGUGUUCUUUGUGGGUUCGGUGCAAGUCCCACCGAGUCGCUCCCGUCGGCAACCAUCGCCGAAAUUUAUUUUGCUCAUGAGCGGGCGUAUCGUGUGGGUAUCUACACCAUGUUGAUGUUGGGGGGGAAGAAUAUUGUCCCAUUACUCUCGGGUUUGGUAUUCCAAUAUUUAGACCGUCACUGGUUGUUUUGGAUCCAACUGAUGUUUUUAGGGGGCACUUUUAUCGCCACAUUCCUCUUUGUUCCCGACACUUUCUGGGAUCGUGAACCUGUACCCGACAAACGUACCGAAGAGGAAACGGAAGCAGCCCGAGCCGCCAAAGGCUAUCAACUUCCUGAGCAACGGCCGAACGCGUUCGCGCUUCGUCGCAACACGACAAAUAACGUGCUUGCUGAUGUUACUUCGUUGUCAUCCUCCAUCAACAAUCACGCUCUUUCUGGGACUAAUGUGAACCCAGUAGGUAUUACCGACGACCAUGGAUCAAUCAGGCUGAAGAAGAAACCCUACGUCAAAGAGAUCAAACUUUACAGUGGUAAGCAGACGACUGAUCUGUGGUGGAUGGUCGCCCUUCGUCCGUUUUUCCUUUACACCUACCCCCACGUACUCUUUGGCUCCUUCAUCUAUUGUUUUGCCGUGGUGUGGCUUAUCGUCAUCUCGGAAACGAUCUCGGAUAUUUUUGUUGGUGACUAUGGUUACUCGAAGGUGAUGACGGCGUGUUUUUACAUCUCACCUUUUGUUGGUGGCUGUCUUGGUCUGCUUUCAUGUGGUCUUAUCAGUGAUCGUUUGUGCCGUUACUUGGUCCUGCGCAACCACGGGGUCUAUGAACCUGAAUAUCGGCUUUUGAUGGUGGUGCCGGCGACGUUUACCAUGUCGCUUGGUCUUAUGGGUUUUGGGUGGUCAUCGCAGGUACACGAUCCUUGGAUCGCUCCAAUUUUGUUUUUUGGCUGCCUUGGUUUCGGCUCGUCGAUGGGUAGUACUGCUGCUAUCACGUUUGUCGUCGAUUCAUAUAAAAUGUUCGCCGCUGAACUGCUUGUGAGUCUUAACUUCCUCAAAAACUUGAUCGGGUUCGUAUUUUCGUUAUUCAACAACCGGUUCCAUCAGGGUGAAGGUGGUCGUACGACGUUUGUUGUCUACGGAUGCAUCCAGAUCUUCCUUGCUCUUUGGGGCAUACCCCUCUACAUUUACGGCAAACGCAUCCGUGCGUGGACCGAUCGCAAAGAGUUGUUACGUCGGUUGUAUCGUCCGGAUAACCUUCCCCCUAACCCAAAUAGUCGUCCCGAAACUCCUGCUCCUGAGGAAAAGUUUACGCAGUCCCAUGUUUCGUCGCCGCCGACCAAAUUGUCUUCGCCAGAUGUCACCGACAACAGUGAUCCUACCCCCACUUACAAUUGA